AUGGCUAGCUCGCAGGCGUCUGUAUUUGGCUUGAAAGACUCGAGUUUAAUCAAGCAGCAAGCGUUCAUCGAUGGCAAAUGGCUCGAUGCAAACAGCGGAGAGACCAUUUCUGUGACGAAUCCCGCAACCCGCGAGGUUUUAGGAACCGUCCCUGAGAUGGGGCUAGCAGAAACAAAGCAGGCUAUCGAUGCAGCAGCCAAAGCUUUUCCCUCGUGGAGUGCAACGACUGCGAAGCACCGACAUGAUACACUCAUGAAGCUGUUUGCGCUUAUGAACCACCACCAUGACGAUCUUAGUCGUAUUAUUACGCUCGAGAAUGGGAAGAUUCUCGCUGAAGGCAAGGGCGAAAACACGUAUAGCGCUUCUUUCAUCGAGUGGUUUGCUGAGGAAGCAGUUCGCACAUAUGGAGAACAAAUUCCCUCCCCACUUCCUGGCGUUCGCAACGUCGUUAUCAAACAGCCUGUUGGUGUUGUGUCGAUUUUAACACCAUGGAAUUUCCCUUCCGCCAUGAUCACGCGCAAACUCGGUGCUGCGUUGGCAGCUGGAUGUACCGCCGUGAUAAAACCUCCACCAGAAACGCCGUUUUCCUGUUUGGCUCUCGUCGAGCUGGCUCGUCGUGCUGGCGUUCCUGAUGGUGUUAUCAACGUUGUCACGACGCAAAAGAAUGUUGGAGAAGUAGGAAAAGAGAUGUGCGAAAGCAAAAUCGUCAAGAAAGUGUCAUUUACUGGUUCAACUGCUGUUGCCAAACUUUUGGCGGGUAUGUCGGCCUCCACAUUGAAGAAGGUGUCGAUUGAAGCUGGUGGCAAUGCGCCUUUCAUCGUUUUCAAUGACGCAGACAUGGACCAAGCCGUAUCAGCGGCCAUUCUAUGUAAAUUCCGGGGGACGGGUCAAACAUGCGUUUGUGCCAACCGUAUCUAUGUGCAGUCGGCUGUUUAUGCCGAGUUCGCGUCUCGUCUGGCAGAGAAGGUUUCUCAGUUCAAGAUUGGGAAUGGACUUGAUGAAUCUACAACACAUGGUCCUCUGAUUCAUGAUCGCGCUGCUGAAAAAGUACAGGCUCAUAUUGCAGAUGCUGUCUCGUUAGGCGCACAGGUUCUUGUUGGCGGCACUACUGUCGAAGGCACCUCUUUCUUCAAUCCUACAAUCUUGUCAGAUGUUCCUGCCAAUGCGCGUUUGAACAACGAGGAAACAUUUGGUCCACUUGCGGCAUUAACCAAGUUUGAAUCCGAGGAAGAGGUCAUUAAGUUGGCCAAUGAUACAGAUGUCGGUUUGGCUGGUUAUUUUUUCUCAAGAGACAUCGGCAGAGUAUGGCGGGUCGCAGAGAAGUUGGAGGUUGGAAUGGUUGGCGUCAAUACUGGGCUCCUCUCGCAAGCGGUCAUACCGUUCGGUGGCAUAAAAGAGAGCGGUUUGGGCCGUGAAGGUGGCCAUGGAAUCGACGAGUACAUGAACACCAAACUAAUCGUAUUUGGCGGACUCGCAUGA